AUGACCCGAGGGUUCCGGAAGGGCCAGACCCCAUCUGGGAGGCCCAGUACGGGCGGGCGGAAAGAGGGGGGGCGGGAGGCGGGCGUCGACGUGCUUUUCUCCACUUCAGGGUCGCGGCUUGCAGUCGUGGCCGUGGUUGGCCGCGCGCGGCCGCGGCCGCUCCCGAUCGCCCUGGCAGCGGGCGCGGGCGGGCUGAACUCGCAGCUGUACAGCAAUCGCGCCGCGGUGAGCCUGCGGGUGGGGGAGUACCAGAAGGCGGUGGACGACUGCCGGCGCGCCAUCCUGCAGGACCCCGCCAACAUUAAGGCGCGCUUCCGCGGCGCGAAGGCCUCGGAGGCCCUCGGCCUCACGUCGCAGGCGAUCAGGUUCUGCGACGGGGCCCUGGCGCUGUCCCCGGCCGAGAAGGAGGUCCUGCAGCUGC